AGAGGAGCGCGGCCUCUGAGGGGAGCGGCGACCCCGCCAGCCCCGGUGUCUUUCCCUGGCGGCGGCGGCUUCUUCCGUGGGACAAUAUGUUCAAGAGAAUGGCCGAAUUUGGGCCUGACUCCGGCGGGAGAGUAAAGGGUGUUACUAUCGUUAAACCAAUAGUUUACGGUAAUGUUGCUCGGUAUUUUGGAAAGAAAAGAGAAGAAGAUGGGCACACUCAUCAGUGGACAGUAUAUGUAAAACCAUAUAGAAAUGAGGAUAUACCUGUAACCCUGUAUCAUUUGCUAACGCUGUUUCAAUCAGACACGACAGUGGUUUCAGAGUUCUAUGAUGAAAUGAUAUUUCAAGACCCAACAGCAAUGAUGCAACAAUUAUUGACAGCAUCUCGUCAGCUAACAUUAGGAGCCUAUAAGCAUGAAACAGAAUUUGCAGAGCUUGAAGUGAAAACCAGAGAAAAAUUAGAAGCUGCUAAGAAAAAAACAAGCUUUGAGAUUGCAGAGCUUAAGGAGAGAUUAAAAGCAAGUCGUGAAAAUAUAAAUUGUUUAAAAAAUGAAAUCAGAAAACUUGAAGAAGAUGACCAAGCAAAAGACAUAUAAACAGUUCUCAGGAGAACUUUUUCGUAAGCUAAACUGAAAAUAAGGUGGGCUUCACUGGAGAAAUGGACUUACUGCAAAUGCUAUGAUGUUUCUUAGAGGAACUUCAUAUACAGCUGUUGACCAUGAAUUUCUUAGCAAUAGGAAUUUGUACUAUUUAAGCAAUCUUUAAUGGAAAAUAUGUGUGCAAGAAUGGAUGCUAUAUAGGUAUUUUACCAACCCAUUUUAAGAAAAUUCUAUGAUAUUAAGCACAGUUUUUAAAAAUGUUUAUUGUAGUAUAUGUAUAGCUUAUUACCCUUUUCACAGGCAUCAAAAUUUCAUUAUAAAGUAUUACUUGUAAAAAAAAAAAGUAUAUCGACAGCAACACUUCUCACAGAAUGGAAAAAAACUGUGAUGGUCAGAGAUAGUAAUUUAUCAAACAGGAAAAGUAUAUGGGGUUGUAUGAAGGAUAAACAAGAACAGAGGAUGUUCCAAAGGAGACCACAUGAAGCAGAAACCUGAGGUAAAAGUGCGAGGAACAGGAAUUGGUUUAAGCAAUUUGGAUUUUUUUUAAUUCCUCUGAUUUCUUUAUCUCUCUGAGUUUACUUUA